AUGUCCAUCACCGGCAGUUGUCUCUGCGGCGCCAUCCGCUACGAAGUAUCGGGGUCGCCCAUCUCGACGAUCCUCUGCCACUGCGACAACUGUCGCAAAGCCACGGGGUCGAGUUUCAUGGCCAACGGGUUCUACAUGCAAUCUCAAUUGCGGGUUCUCGCGGGCCACAAUUCCCUCAAAGUCUAUCAGGACAGUGCCACAGCCUCGGGCAGCACAGUGUCGCGCUCGUUCUGCACGAAUUGCGGCUCGUCCCUGUUCGCUACCAACAAGGACAACCCGCUCGCCAAGGACGCGGUCAUUAUCGCGUCGGGCACGAUGGAUCUGGGGCCCAGUGCGGCCGAGUGGGCGCCGCAGAGGGAGUUCUUCUGUAUGCGGCGGCGAGAGUGGUUGCCGCCGUUGGAGAACACGCAGACGAGCCAGAUGCUCGAGAGUGUUGAGAAUAUCCAGAAGGGAACGAGCUGCUGA